UCCCUUUUGUUAGUUCAACACUGCCUACCGAAUGAAUAAUACGUUUUAAAACAUAACUCAUAGAAUAUUUACAGUUUUAUCUUGGUACAGAACUAAAGAUGGUGAAAUAUUUAGUUUUCUGUUUUGUGCUUGUUUUUGUCAAUGUGGUGUUUGCUAGGAUUGUGGAUAAAAGGAAAUGCCCCGAAGUCCGUGCUGUACCACAUUUCGAUUUGUCACAACUGUUAGGCGAUUGGUUCGUAGUGGAAUAUUAUGCGAGCGCCGAGGAAGCAUUGUCCUACAGUUGUAUGCGCGCUGUUUUUAACAUGGAAGACCAUGUUCAAGCUGAAGAUGGUACCAUAGAAUGGACUCCCGGCGUCACAAUGAACUUUACCUACCGCUUCGCAGACGACCCCAUCGGCGAGAACCUGUAUGGGAAUAUCACUUGGCGGAUAGACCUGAAUGAGCCCGCACACUGGACGCACUCAGAACUGACGUACGACGGUAUUUACAACACAUACGUGUUGGACACAGAGUACAAAACCUGGGCACUCCUGUUGCAUUGCGCCGAGCAGAGGGAGGGCGCGAGGUACUUGACGGCGUUCGUCCUUUCCAGAACCACUGGGCUGCCUAAAAACGUCAUGGCGUACUUACGGGAUAAACUGCCAAGAUACGACGUGGACAUCAAUUACGUAUUCCCAAUAUCGCACGAGAGCUGUUCAUCGAAACCUGCCAGACCUGACGACUCACCAAUCCUCGUGGAGGUCGACAGCAAGAUACCCAAACGACCAACCGAUGUCAGCUACAAACUCGCUUUUGGACACUAAAUAUGAACUAUUACUAAACUGUUAUACAUAUUGAUGAGUGUAGGCAAAAAUAUUAUGCAUUCGCAAUUGUUUCAUGGUUAUUAUUACAUAUUAUUCUCGUACAAUGUUAUGCAGCGUGUUUUCCAUUCUUUUUCACGAAUUUUGGUAAUUAUUUAUCUGUAUUUUCAUGUAGUUUCUAUUUAAGGCAAUAAAUUUUUAUAAUAAAGCCAUUAUGAGCUUGGUGAUUGUAUGACUUUUGUUAAUAAACGGUAUGAUU